AUGAAUUCUUUUCAAGAAUUUGAAUCCUCAUCAAACAAAGACAACACAAGCAUCAACCCCAUCACAAACAUAGGAGGGAACAGCUCCAAUUUGACAACAUCCAUGACCAUAGCUUCAGCUUCAUCAUCAUCAUCAACAACAACAACAUCAACAUCACCACCAUCAACUCCAAGCCGCUAUGAGAACCAAAAGCGCAGAGAUUGGAACACUUUUGGCCAGUACCUUCGCAACCAUAGACCCCCACUUUCCCUCUCUCGUUGUAGUGGUGCUCAUGUUCUUGAGUUCCUAAGGUACCUUGACCAGUUUGGGAAAACCAAGGUUCACACACAACUUUGUCCCUUCUUUGGACACCCAAACCCACCUGCACCAUGUCCUUGUCCUUUACGCCAAGCAUGGGGUAGCCUUGAUGCACUCAUUGGUCGCCUCAGAGCUGCUUUUGAAGAAAAUGGAGGGAAACCAGAGGCUAACCCUUUUGGUGCUCGGGCUGUGAGGCUUUACCUUCGUGAAGUUCGUGAUUCACAAGCCAAAGCAAGAGGAAUUAGUUAUGAGAAAAAGAAGCGCAAGCGUCCUCCUCAACCUCAACCACCACCACCUGCAUUGCCACCAUCAAAUGCAACAAGUUAG